AUGGAUUUCUCAGUGUUGCAGGUGGGGGAGAGAGACGAGCAGAUGUGUGCUGUCAAGCUCAGGGGCCCUGACAAGCUGGAGGUCCUCCCCUGGGACCUGCCUCACGUUUACAGCGAGGAGGGCGAGUGUGAGAGGGCCGAGACCCUGAGCUCCCUCAGCGUCCCCGAACAAGACCUGCCCCCCGACCUGCUGGACGGCCUGGGCCCCAAGUCGGCUCUGCUUGAGGAAAUCUAUUCUCAGUCAAGUCUUUUCACCUGA